AACAACCGCAUGAAACGUACCAUUUAGCAUAGCAACAUGGCGUUUUGCAUCGGACCUUUUUGCGGAAAGUUCCGUGAUGAGUUGAACGAUUCAGACAGCGAUGAGGACGAUGGAAGUAACAUGAGAGCGAAGACCAAGGGAAAGGCGAAGAGGAAGAGGCCAAAGAAGGAACGUAACGUUGCCUCAACCAACAUGAUGUGGGCUCCCUAUCUGAGUGAAGUGAGGGUCUUGGUGAAGCGAUCUGGGGUCGAAGAAAUGAAACCCGUGACGCAGCUGAAGACGCCUUACAACCAAAAUCUCUCGGAGAACAUGCUCAACCGCCUGAACCAACUGCAGCAAGUCGAGAUCCUUGAGAUUGCCAAAUGCAAUCUCAUCAAGAUCCCCCCGUCCUUAGAGGAGUUGGAGGGUUUGAUGAUCCUGACCCUGUCCUACAACAAUAUCCGCAAAUUCAAUCCAGAGCUGGCCCGCUGCGAGGCUCUCGAGAGAAUCGUGCUGGAUUGGAACCAGAUCGGCGAGAUUGAGCCGGGCAUUUUUUCAGACACAACCUUCCAUCGUUUAGAGGUCAUCAACCUGUCACACAACCGUCUCACCGUGUUGCCCAACGACUUCCCCCGCACCGCAGGGAAAGCCUUAAGCUAUGUGGACCUGUCAUACAACCAGUUGACCAUGGUCCCUUCUGCAUUGAUGGAAUGCGGGCAGUUGCGGGAGUUGAACUUGUCCCACAACCGACUCACCUCGCUGCCGGACAAGUAUGAGCUGAAGAAACUCAGGAAACUCUUCUUGUCCUUCAACGAAUUGGUGACUUUGCCGGAGGACAUUGGCAUCAGUGAAAAGCUGGAGAAGUUGCGGAUCACUUCCAACCAAAUCAAGAGGCUGCCCUAUUCUAUCUUGAAGCUUUGGAAGAAUGCUACUCCACCUGGUCAGCUUGAAGAGCUGCUGGUGGAUCGAAAUCCACUGCUAGUGCCAACCAUCACCGCCUUUGAGAUGGAAAGUGGCACUGGCGGCAUGAACCGAGCCUUCGAGCUCUUGCAGGAACAUCAAAAGGAAGACGCACAAGAAAAGAGGCGCCUCUCGCAGCAGCGAGCCCUGAAAGAUCAGGAGGAGCGCCCUGCCCUGCCACCACCGGAGGAGCCCAUCCCUGAGCCAAUGGUGAUGGUCGCAGACACCGCCACUGCCCGAAAGGAGGAAAGCUUUCUGGAUCGAUGGUAUUUCGGACAUUGUCUUCAUGAUCAGGUGAAAGUGAUGGAGAUUCGUGAAGCAGAGGAGAGAUACCUUGUGAGAAAGAGGCAAAAGUUCAUGGAGGCUCAGAAAUGGCUUGCACAGGAAGAGGGAGAGUCACGAGGAAAGGUGUCGGACCAGAUGAAGAUCUUCCUGAACAACAACUGCUACCAAGAGUACCGGGGUCGCAUCAAGACGCAGGACAUUGAUUUGUUCUACAUCCACUUCAUGAUGACGGCCAAACAGGUGCAUGAGUCGGCGCGUGCUUGGUUCAGGAAGUUUGUGCCCGGCGGCCGGAGCUACAUGACGAAGCAGGAAUGGUGUGAGCUGUGCUUGAAUCACAAAUUGGACGUGCGGCAAAAGAUGAUGGAUGAGUUGUGGGACAUCAUCUAUUCGGACAGCAUCCAUCCGCAUGGUCUUCCUGAAGCUCACUUCAUUGCCGCCUCCCAGAUCCACGAUAUCGAGGUGCAGCUCCCCCAAGUUUUUGGUUCAGUAGCCACCAAAGAUCCUCCAAGUCAGUUCUUCCUACAGGAGCGGGAUCCCUACAUUGUCCGCAUCGCUGAUGCACUCUGCUUGGACUAUUUCGAGGAGACAGUGGACAAGAUUGCGGAGAUCUCUGCACCCAACAACGACAACAUCGCGGAGCGGCUGGGGUUGUUCAAGGCCAACUUGGCCUUGUGUCCUCUGAACAGCACCGAUAGGCGAGAUCUCACAGACGAGCUAUCUGCGCCUGUGGGUUUGAGACCUGCUACCGAGCAGUUAACGCUGCUGCGCCCUGGCGGGGCCAUGACUGGUGCCAUGGAUAGCACGCUGGAGCUGAAGACCUUGCUGAAGAAGGUGAGCCUGUCCGAGUAUGACUGUCAGCAAGUGAACAAACUGGAUGGCAUUGAGGACCGCAGUGUGGCGGAGUCCGAGCGCUCCGUGGACUCUGCGGAGCUCUCCGACGACGCGCCGUCGGACAUGACGGAGUUCGAUGCUCAAGCCUUCCUACUGGAUGAGUUGGAAGAGACCCAGGCAGCAGCCACCAGCAGAGCUCCCUCGCGUGUUGCCAUCAACAGCGACUCAGCGCUGCGGCGGCUCAUGGAGGUUCCAGUCAAGGAAAUUUGGGAAGGACGACGUCAAGCGCGAGAAGCGGUGGAGGUGUCAGGCCCCUUCAAACGACAGGUGUUGAACAAACCCCAACGAGGAAGCAGGACUCAGGUGGGGGAGCUGGCCGUGCGCCGGGCCUUGCGGGACGUGUACCGCAACAUGCCCUUCCACGAGUUCUCGUCCUUCAUCAGCUUCAUCUUGCGACAGCUGCAUGCCAUCAGGGAAAACAAGCCCGAGACGGCCGGAACUUUGUGGCACGACGAUGACCCAGCGUUCCGCUAUGCAGUGGGGGCAGCAGGGCACAACAAGUACACCUGUCGCCUUCUGGAGAUCAUGGGCUUUGUGCACCUGAAUGACAAGUACUGGAUCUGGCCCCUGGAGCACCUGAAGUCCGUGAAGCACGGGAAAUGCUGGGCACACUUACAAGUGCCCAGCGAUUGCCCAGGGAUGCUCAGCACGCGACUGGGAGAGAUGAUCAAUGUCUUGGCGAGCUGUGCCAAGCCCAGAGUUGCUGCUGGAUCCCUUGGGAAAAACGAAGAAACUGCUAUGGAAAAUGGAUGA